GACACUUCUAUCGAAAACAGCUAAUUAUGCUGUGUCACAAAUGUCUUUACUUUCAUCGAGAGCUAUAAAAUACUGCACAAAAUGGGCACAUUUUCCCGCAGUUGUUCUUUUAAAUCUGCACCAAGUUCAAGUAUCCGACGAGAAAUUGUUUGCUCGGACAUACUAAUUGUCUCAAAGUUGCUUACAUUAGAUGGGACAAUAUUUAUGCACACUCCACUAAGCAUUCUUUGACAAGUGCACCGUCAGUAAACGGUCUCCAACUUUUUGCGAUUUUUAAAGCAACAAUAUAACUUGCAUUACGACACCAUUAAUAAUACUUUUCAAAACUUCGAAGGACUGGCCUCAAUACCGUGUGACGA